AUGGCAGUUCGUCGUAAUGGUAUCCAUAAUCGGUCGGGUAGUAUUGAUUUGUAUCAACCACCUCGGUUUAAUUCUCAUGAUUCAAAGAGUGAUUUAUCAACAAGAAUAGACUCAUCACAAAAUAUUUUACCAGAAUUAACGAAAAUUGUUCGUAAAUUAUUACCACACGAAACUCCAUUGAAUGAACAUGUACGAGAUGUUAAAUAUAGAGAAACUGGCUGUGAAUGUUUAAAUGGAACUUUAUACUUGACAACAUUUCGACUUGUAUUUGCGCCAGAUAAUGCAAUAAAAAAAAAUAAUAUCAUUGUUUCUGGAAAUAAAUAUAUUGGUGAAUAUGACAUUCCAUUAACGUCAAUUUAUAAAAUAGAUAUUGCUCCGGUGAAUUCCCAAUCAGGGUUUAAAUCAUUUUUGAAUGAAAAUCAAAUUCAAACAGAAACAAGAACCUUUACAAUCAUAACUAGAGAUUUUCGAAACAUCACAUUUUCAAAAUGUUUAGUUACCAGCUUUAAGUUAGCGGAUAACGUAUCAGAAUUGUCUGCAUCAAAAAUGGAAACGUAUAUCAAUGCAUUAAGAUUUCAUUGUCGUUUUCAAGAGAAAAGUCAAUUAUAUCCAUAUAUUAUUAUACAACAACCUUCAAAGAAUAAUCUAACUUCUAGACGUUCAUGUGGUUAUUCAGUGUCUUCAUCAAAUGCUGACUCUACUGAUUUUUAUAUAAGCAAUGACGAACGUAUUAGAGGUUAUGUGAAUUCCUAUGAUUGGCAUGAUGAAUUAAAAGAUGCUAAUGAAACACAAUGGCAUGUCGAUAAAACUAAAUUCGAUAGUAGAUCGUUUGUAAAAGAAGAAGGCCCAUUUGUUCGUUUAACAAAUGUUGGUGAAACUGAUGAUUGUGCAGACUUAAUUUGGCAUUGGACGCAUACAUCGGACGUUGAAACUGAUCGUAGUAUGCAACUAAAUAGAAUGCCAAUGCAAUAUAUGCUUGUUACUGUACCAGGAAUAGUAGAAGCAGCUCCAGCCACAGAUCCUCCAGAAUCUCCAAAAGGUUUACCGAGAGCAACAUCAUCAUCAUCUUGUUUUUUAAAUCUAUCAAAAAAAUUACCGAAACACUUACGGUCAAAACUUAUUGACCAUUCACCGGUACUAGAAACCGAUGAACUUAAAACAACAACUAGCAGAUUACUGAUGAUACCAUCUAAAUCGCCCAACCUUGGUUUACAUCGUAAUGCAACUGAUUUAAGUCUAAUGUAUUCUUCUCAAAAUGUCAAUGAAAGAUCAUUUCAACGAUAUAAUCUAACGAAAUUCCCAUCUAAUUUAAAAAGUUUACAAACUAGUUAUGAAAAACUAAUUGACCUGUGUGCAAUCACUGCUGAAGACGAUGAUGAUAAAUGGUUAAGCAAAUUAAAUAGAUGUAAAUGGUUUAAAUAUAUUUCAAAAGCUUUACAUGGUGCUGCGUCCUUAGCGAGAUUACUGAAUUACACAAACAUCGCCUUCGCUGGAAGCGAUAUAGAUAAUAGUUGUAUAAUGUCUUCAUUAAUUCAAAUAUUUCUUCGACCAAAAUGUCGUACCAUCAAAGGUUUUUGUGAAUUGAUUGUUCGUGAAUGGGUUAUACAUGGUCAUCCAUUUCGUGAACGCUUUGGCCAAGUUCUUACUGAUAAAAAUGGAAAUAGUGCACAAGAAGCACCUGUUUUUCUUCUGUUUCUCGAUUGUAUUCAUCAAUUAAUUAAUCAAAAUCCAUUUUCAUUUGAAUUUACAGAGUAUUUUUUAAUUGAACUCUAUCAUGAUGUUUGUUACUGUUAUCAGCAUACAUUUGUUUUCAAUUCAGUCAUCGAACGUCUUCAUGCAUUACGAGAUUGCCCAAAAAAUAUCUUAUUUUUAUCAUCAUUUGAUUUUUCACUUUAUCUUUCUCCGAGUACAUAUCGUCUAUUGACAAAUCAUGCAUCUGUAUUUGCUGGACAAAAAAUUUCUUCGUCUUGUCAACAAUCAAAACAAAACUCAACUGCUCGACAUCCAUCCAAUCGAACUCGGUAUCGUUUAGAAUCACCGAAACCAGUCAAUUUUGUACUUGAUGUUUCAUCAAAAAGGAAUGAACUAUUACCAGUGCAUAGUGAACGCUUUGAAUAUGAUAUUAUUCAAUCACCACAAAAAUUUAAUGCUAAUCUUUAUGUCGAUUGGCGAAUAGUUAAUAUAAUGCUAUGGUCGAAAUGUUAUUGUCGGUAUGAUGGAGAUUAUAUGCCAACAUUACAUGAGCAACAAUUAGCAUUCGAAAUCACUUGUCUACAAGAAGAUAUUCGAAAUAGUCGUAUAAAACCACGACGACCUAUGACAAUAGAUGCUUUACAUUCGAUGAAUUGUGCUAAUUCGUGGCAUCCGCAAAUAUUCGAGACUCAUAAACAACAACAGGGGGAGCGUACCCUGGGAUCGGCUGUUUUCCAUUGUGGUGUGAGUGUUGAUCUGGAUUUUUUGUCCGGUUUAUCUCUAAGUAUCGAAAUAUGUUCAUAUCAUGAAACAUACACACAAACAACAUUAAUGAAAUUAAAUGGUCGUCGGCCAUAA